AUGUCGGCCAACACCAACAACACCAUGGAGAAGCUUCACUCAGAUAUCCUGGAGAACAUACUUCGUCGAUUACCAAUUGAAGCAGCUCUACUAUCCAAACAGGUAUGCAAGACAUGGAGAAUUCUCCUCCGUAGUAAGACUGAUAAGGUCAUGCAAUGGUUUGGUUUGUAUGCUGGGACUCAAUAUGAAGGACAGGGAAAAACCUUUACCGGAGAAGUUGUUUAUAUUCCAAAACCUAAUAAAUCCAUAGCGCGAGAUCGUGAUGCGACUAACGUUAGUGGGUUUGGUUAUUGUAAUUCAACGAACGAGUACAAGAUCGUUAGAAUGUGUCUAUGCAAAUGGAUAUCUUCAUUGGCUAUUUGGCUGUUCAAUAAUAAUAUUAACGAGCCGCACAAAGGUUAUAUGAUCAUGGCCUUCGAUUUGGAAGACGAGAAGUUUGAGUUUGUCGAUUUGCCGCAUUUAAAAGAUUUAAGUUACGAUCAUAGACCAAAAUUGCUGGGAGGCGAUAAGUUAUAUUUGGUGUACACGGCGUUUAAAAGUCUGCCUGGCUACACGUAUAUUUGGGCAUACAAGAGGGAAAAAGCCAACGACAAGAAUUCGUGGGGUUGGAUUAAGGAGUUCAGUAUAGAAUGGGAAAUGCCGUACUGGUUAUAUCUGGUAUCCGUUGAACCCUUGGCACUUACAAGGGAUAAUGAAUUUCUAUUGCGUUAUGGACGCACGACUCAUCUUCUUCCUCAGAUGAAAUCUUUGCUUCAGCUUUCCCUAUCUGAACACCUCAGAGAGUUCAGUUUCCAAGUUGUUGUCUUUGCUUCGAGUUCUUCUUUUUCGCUAACGCCUGAAACAAAGUUGCAAGUUGAAGAACAAGUUGAUGCUCUAUUGAAAUGGAAAUCAACCCUCGUUAACCAAACUCAUUUAUUCCUCCCUUCUUGGAAGAUAAAUUCUACUGCAAAUACAAGUAGUCCAUGCAAGUGGUAUGGAAUCACUUGUAACAAGGAGGGAGCAGGCGUCUCGAAAAUUAGUCUAACAGGUCUGGGAUUACAAGGUACACUCCAUACUUUCAACUUCUCAUCAUUCUCCAACUUUGUUAGUCUUAACAUGAGCUACAACAAACUCUUCGGAACCAUUCCGUCCCAAAUCAGUAAUCUUUCGAAGCUCACCGACCUUAUUUUUGUCUCGAAUAGUUUUUCUGGAAAUAUUCCAAUAGAAUUAGGCUCUCUCACAAGUCUAGAAUACUUAGACCUUUCUCAAAAUCAAAUUAGUGGAUCCAUCCCUCAUGAGAUUGGGAAAUUAUAUUUUCUCGUUGGUCUUGGGUUGUCGGAAAACAAUCUGACUGGUUCACUGCCUACUUCUAUCUGCAAUCUACCUAACUUGGCCUUUUUCUUAAUUUAUGAAAACCAAAUCUCGGGUGCCAUUCCUAAAGAUAUCGGAAGACUAAGUUCUCUUACCAUGUUAGUUUUGUCCGACAACAAUCUCAGUGGUUCCAUCCCCGCUUCCAUAACCAAUUUGACUAGUUUAAACUCUCUUUACCUAAAUGGUAACCAACUUUCUGGCAUCAUUCCUCAAGAUAUAGGAACCCUAAGCUCUCUUACAAGCUUAGACUUUUCCACAAACAAUUUUUUUGGUCCGAUACCUACUUCUAUAUGCAACUUGCCAAACCUCACUUAUUUAUCACUUUACGGAAAUCAACUUACCGGUGACAUACCUCAAGAUAUUGGUAAACUAAGGUCUUUAGAUAGCUUAUACAUGGACCAGAACAAACUCACUGGCUUAAUCCCUGCUUCUGUGGGUAAUUUGAGCAAUUUGACUGAUUUAUCUCUUUUUCAAAAUCAUUUAACCGGUUCGUUACCAAUAGGAAUCAACAAUCUAACGAGGUUGAGAAAGUUGUAUUUAAGUGAGAACAAGUUUUCAGGUUACUUGCCUCAAAAUAUAUGUCAAAGCGGAACUCUUGAAGAAUUUGAGGCAAGUAAUAACCAUUUUACGGGACCUAUACCAAGAAGUCUUAGAAAUUGCACCAGCCUUAGGCAUCUCGGGCUUGCACUUAAUAAACUGGUAGAUAAUCUGACAGAAGCGUUUCAUGGAAUAACAUCACUAGAUUGGUUUGUUAUGCCUGACAAUAUAUUGUAUGGUGAACUCUCAAAAAACUGGGGAAGUUGUCAAAAUUUGAUACUCUUCUCUAUUCCAGGGAAUAACAUCACUGGUAAAAUACCGACUGAGAUGGGCAAGUUAAAAGCUUUAAGUGGACUGUCACUAGAUUCAAAUAACUUGGUAGGAGAAAUUCCUAUAGAGUUGAUGGAAUUGCCUUCAUUGAUCCAGUUAAAUUUGAGUAAUAACCAGCUUUCCGGUAGGUUGUCUUUUGGAACAGGAAUGUUAUCCAACUUGCAACAACUUGAUUUAUCAACAAAUAAGCUCACCGGAUCAAUACCCAGACAACUAGGGGAGCGUUCGAAUUUAUUGCACUUGGAUUUGAGCAGAAACUAUUUUAGUGGGAGCAUUCCAUUUCAAAUUGGAAACUUGAAUUCGUUAUCGAUCUUACUAGAUCUUAGUCAGAACGAGUUGAGUGGAAAUAUACCGCCAGCUCUCGGUAAAUUAAGCCAACUUGAAAAGUUGAAUUUAUCCCACAACAAGCUUUUCGGUUUAAUUUCAUCUUCAUUUAAUCAAAUGGUCAGCUUGACCAUUGUCGAUGUCUCUUACAACGAAUUGAGUGGCCCUAUUCCAGAUAUCAAAGCCUUUAAGGAUGCUCUUCUUGAUGCAUUGAGAGAAAACAAAGGGUUGUGUGGGAAUAACUCUAGAGGUUUAAGACCGUGUAGUGCCCCGGCUGUUACCGGGAGAAAAGAGGCCAAGCAUAAUAAUAAACUUGUGCUCAUAAUCCCACUUCCUUUGCUUGCACUACAAGAAAACAUAGAUUAA